AUGUCUUAUUCAGCUGCCGAUAAUUUACAAGAUUCAUUCCAACGUGCCAUGAACUUUUCUGGCUCUCCUGGUGCAGUCUCAACCUCACCAACUCAGUCAUUUAUGAACACACUACCUCGUCGUGUAAGCAUUACAAAGCAACCAAAGGCUUUAAAACCUUUUUCUACUGGUGACAUGAAUAUUCUACUGUUGGAAAAUGUCAAUGCAACUGCAAUCAAAAUCUUCAAGGAUCAGGGUUACCAAGUAGAGUUCCACAAGUCUUCUCUACCUGAGGAUGAAUUGAUUGAAAAAAUCAAAGACGUACACGCUAUCGGUAUAAGAUCCAAAACUAGAUUGACUGAAAAAAUACUACAGCAUGCCAGGAAUCUAGUUUGUAUUGGUUGUUUUUGCAUAGGUACCAAUCAAGUAGACCUAAAAUAUGCCGCUAGUAAAGGUAUUGCUGUUUUCAAUUCGCCAUUCUCCAAUUCAAGAUCCGUAGCAGAAUUGGUAAUUGGUGAGAUCAUUAGUUUAGCAAGACAAUUAGGUGAUAGAUCCAUUGAACUGCAUACAGGUACAUGGAAUAAAGUCGCUGCUAGGUGUUGGGAAGUAAGAGGAAAAACUCUCGGUAUUAUUGGGUAUGGUCACAUUGGUUCGCAAUUAUCAGUUCUUGCAGAAGCUAUGGGCCUGCAUGUGCUAUACUAUGAUAUCGUGACAAUUAUGGCCUUAGGUACUGCCAGACAAGUUUCUACAUUAGAUGAAUUGUUGAAUAAAUCUGAUUUUGUAACACUACAUGUACCAGCUACUCCAGAAACUGAAAAAAUGUUAUCUGCUCCACAAUUCGCUGCUAUGAAGGACGGGGCUUAUGUUAUUAAUGCCUCAAGAGGUACUGUCGUGGACAUUCCAUCUCUGAUCCAAGCCGUCAAGGCCAACAAAAUUGCAGGUGCUGCUUUAGAUGUUUAUCCACAUGAACCAGCUAAGAACGGUGAAGGUUCAUUUAACGAUGAACUUAACAGCUGGACUUCUGAGUUGGUUUCAUUACCAAAUAUAAUCCUGACACCACAUAUUGGUGGCUCUACAGAAGAAGCUCAAAGUUCAAUCGGUAUUGAGGUGGCUACUGCAUUGUCCAAAUACAUCAAUGAAGGUAACUCUGUCGGUUCUGUGAACUUCCCAGAAGUCAGUUUGAAGUCUUUGGACUACGAUCAAGAGAACACAGUACGUGUCUUGUAUAUUCAUCGUAACGUUCCUGGUGUUUUGAAGACCGUUAAUGAUAUCUUAUCCGAUCAUAAUAUCGAGAAACAGUUUUCUGAUUCUCACGGCGAGAUCGCUUAUCUAAUGGCAGACAUCUCUUCUGUUAAUCAAAGUGAAAUCAAGGAUAUAUAUGAAAAGUUGAACCAAACUUCUGCCAAAGUUUCCAUCAGGUUAUUAUACUAA